AUGGCAGGGAUUAUGUUAAAGCAGUUUUUGAUGUGUUUGAUGUGGAUUAGCCUCGUCGGUACAACGUAUGGUGUAGGCACUCUCAAUGUAUCCGCCACCCAGGUGAAAACUUGGUAUACGGCAGUUCUGGCGUCUUAUCAAGACGAUGUGAUACCUACAGAUGAUACUAGUAAUGUCCUUACGGUGACCAUAGACUACUCUAUUAGAGCCAUCACAGAGUUUGACGAGUUGGCCGGAACUCUAGCCACUGUGGGUGUCUUGGACGUCAGCUGGACAAGUCAACUCACAUGGAACCCAAACGACUAUGAUGGAGUUGAUCGGUUCAUCAUGAACAGAGAGGAUGUGUGGCAUCCGCCAAUCACCCUCUAUAACGCUGUCGAUGCGCUAAAGGUUCUGGGUCACAAGUACAACAAAGUGACCGUCAUGUACGAUGGUCGGACGACCUGGUCUCCACCGGUCAUCCUCAAGGCUGGCUGUUCUGUCAAUGUACUGAACUAUCCGUUUGAUUCCCAGAACUGUUCAAUCGAUAUAAUACCAUGGGACUUUCAAUUGAACGAGAUCUUGUUAGUUACCUCCAGAACGGACAUCGAUACUACUCUUUACGAGGAAAACUUGGUGUGGAACUUGGUAACGACUACCAUAGAAUCAUCUACCAUUGACGGUAAAUCUAUGAUCAGUUUUAAAGUCGACCUUCUGCGUCGACCUAUGUGGUACAUUAUUGUGAUGAUUGUACCCGUACUUUUGCUCGGAGUUCUCACCGUCUUCUCCUUUUACAUUCCCGUUCCCGAGGGACGCGUGGGCUACGCGAUGACAGCUUUCCUGACAUUUUCCGUGUUUUUGAUUCUAAUAGGAGACAAUAUUCCGAAAUCUUCUGACCCCAUGUCUCUGUUGUCAUGGUAUGUUGUGUGCGAGGUGGCCUUCGGAGGCCUGACAACAAUGGUCACCAUCUUCACGGUCCGUUGGCAUAUCAAAGACGACGAGAUUCCCGUGCCGCACAUUGUAAUGACGUUUGUAGCUUGUCUGUGCUGUAAAGUGUGUCAGAAUCCGAACAAAAACCUGAAGGUGCAUCCCGCCAAACAGUCACUUAAGCAGAAAGAUCCACACACGUGGAUAAACAUACACGGAAACACGUUUGAAAUGAAGGCUCUGGAUCAACUUCCACAAGGCAUCAAAUUUGGAGCUCCCAACCAGAAAUGGAAAACGAUCGAAGAGGAGGAGGAAGUUGACAUGGAUUUUAGUGAACUUUGUUAUGUACCCAAAGUUAGCUGGGUUACAGUGGCAAGGACGCUUGAUCAUUUCUUUUUCGUUCUCUUCCUUGGUGGUCAAAUAGCUCUACUGGCUAUUUUCAUUGUCCCUCUGGUUGUCCAAUAUUACUGA